AUGCUUGCUAGGGGCAUUGGACUUGAUAUAGUGACUUAUGGGGCUCUUAUAUCAAGGCUUUGUGCUGCAAAUAAACUGGAAAUUGCAGUUGAGGUUGAGGAUCAUAUGGUGAACAGCUUGUCACCAGAUAAUAUGAUAUUUGCUACACUUGCGCGUGCAUAUUUUAAGGCUGGAAAUUUGAAAGCAGCACUAGAUGAGUACAAGGAAUCGUUAUCACAGGGGUUUGAACCUGACGUUGUGACUCUAACAACAUUGAUAGAUGGCCUCUGCAAGGAUGGGCAUCUGAAUGAGGUGAAGGGACAUUUCAGCAAAAGUAAAGCUAAUGAAGUUGUAUACAGUGCUCUUAUUGAUGGCAUGUGCAAAGAAGGAGAAUUUAGUCAAGUUCAGAUGCUUUGCAAGGAUAUGGCAGAGGCAGGAAUUGUUCCUGACAAGUACAUUUAUACCUCUUGGAUUGCAGGGCUAUGCAAGCAGAGGGAUUUGGUUGAAGCUUUCAGGCUCAAGAACAAGAUGGUUAAAGAGGGCAUUACUCCUGAUUUGUUGACAUAUAGCUCUUUGAUUUUUGGGUUGACAAAUAAAGGCCCCAUGAUUGAAGCAAUGCAAGUCUUUACUGACAUGUUGGAGAAAGGAAUAACUCCUGAUAUGUAA